AUGAUCGAUGCCUUUUACAUCUUCACGAAGGGUGGGCUCCUCUUGUGGUCCACCCAGUUGGUGAAGGUGGCGGGCAACCCGCUGGACCGCCUCAUCCGGGAGGUACUGCUGGAAGAGCGGAUGGGCGAGUCGCAGCAUCAAUGCGAUUCAUACAAGAUGUCGUGGAAGCUGGAGAACACGCUGGAUCUGUUCUUCGUAGUCGUCUACCAGUCCAUAUUGCCGAUCACCUACCUAGAGGGUCUGCUGACCUCGGCGUCCAAGGAGUUCAUCAAAACAGUCGAUGAGACCAUGGGCGGGUUCGGUAACGGACUCCAGGUGAAGCACGUGCCGUUCGACGCGCAGUUCCGAAGGAUCAGGGCCGCGGGUGGUUGCAGGCGCCGGUGGGGCGCAGAGCGUGGUCUUCGCGCUCGCCGAGGGAAAAGGUGGACAAGGAGCAGCAGGCGCUGA